AUGGCCACCCAGGGAAAGAGCGUGGACUUCAGCGUAUUGGAGUUUGACAAUUACAAUGACUACAUCUCCUCGUUUGCCACCGUCACGGACCACAGAUAUCUGGGCAAUGAUAGCACGAUCAAGACCAUCGUGCAGCUGGGCUACCGCACCACCAAGAUACCCUACACCGCCGAAGAAUAUGUGAAAAGAGUUGACAUGGCCCUGGAGGCCAUUAGGCCAAAGCUGGCACACGUGGGCCUCUUCAGCGACCUCCUGGCGCCGACGAACAGGGACCCAGUGCUUCUGGAGUUCAAGGCCCGCGAGCUGCUUAACUUGAACAAGAUACUCUCGACCAUCGUUUUUACCUCGUACAUCCACGUGGACGGCUCGGAGAUCUCCGGCUACAUAGACCUGGACAUGAGCUGGCGCAACUGCUUCCGCGAGGCAAUCAAGCACACGGAUUGGCGGGGAGUCUUUCAAGGUCGUUCGCGCCUGAAGCCCAUGCCCCACCAUCUCAGCUACUCGAAUCCCCGGUAUAACAUGGUCAAGUACACGGAUAGCGACAACUUCCAGGUGAUGCACGACCACCACUUCGGACUGAUGUUCAUGCAUCGUGGUGACCACAAAAUGAUUUCGGUAGGUGGUCAGUUCAACAUUUACUCGAGGAACGCCAAACGAUCGAUGGUCUACUCUCCCAAGUUCGGGUAUGUUGUGUUCUACGAUCACUUUGUCCGCAAGAAGGUCUAGCACGUGGAGAUGGGGCCAAAAAAGUCAGUAUCAAAAUUGUAAAUAUAGAAAGUGUAAUGUUCGUAUAAAAGCAGAAACUAUUAAAAAGUUAAAUUGCAUAAACCCUA